AUGGGCCCCAUUCAUAUGCCAGUACCCACCCAGGAGCGUUUGUUCGAUAUCGCUCAGGACUUUUAUUUGCUGUGGGAUUUACCACAUUAUGUAGGAGCGAUUGAUGGCCGACAUGUCAGGAUAAAAAGACCAAAUAGCAGUGGAUCUUUGUAUUUCAAUUACAAAAAAUUGUAUUCAAUUGUUUUACCAGCUAUUGUUGAUGCUAAAUAUAAAUUCAUUUGUAUAGAUGUUGGUGGUUAUGGCCACCAACAUGAUGCAACAACUUUGAGAAAUUCUACAUUUUAUGCAGCACUGAAAGAUAAGACAAUUGAACUACCAGAAGAGGACGAGCUACCCAAAUCUAGAAAAUAUUUGCCAUAUUUUUUUGUCGGUGAUAGAGCUUAUCCAAUUCACACUUAUUUAAUGAAGCCAUUAUCCAGGAAAAAAGCUUUCCGAUGCUCAAUCGAACUUUAA